AUGGCAAACGACCAAAGGCCAAAGUCGCAGGAAUUUAAUCUAUAUGCCUUGUUAUACGUUAGUUUACCUAUCACUUUAGAAAUUGAUCCCUGUUCCUUUCUUGCCUUUCUAUUACCAGUUGAAGAGGUCAAGAAUCGUUGGCGGAGCUGCCGUGACCAAUUCCGGAAGGAAAUGAGAAAGCAGGGGCUGAGCGGGGCUGGUCUCCACAAGAAAAGGCCUUACCUCUUCCGGGAGCAGCUAAUGUUCCUCCGCGCUGUCAUGGAUCUGCGUCCAACGGAGGACAACCUAGAGGAGGAAGGAGAAGAAUCGGCACCACAAUUGUCGAGUGCUUGCGAGGAGGAGACGACAGCUGGGCAGCAGGAGACUGUUCCAGGACCAACACCAGCACCUUCCGAGCCUCCCGCAGCAUCAGGAGCUGAUUCCCCCCCUCCCCCCCUGGCUCUACCCAUCAGGUCCAGACGACGGGCAAAUCCUCCUGCCGAGUCCAAUGUGAAUGUUCAAGUUUUGGAUUAUUUAUCUCGGGCUCGGCAGGAGGAUCAUCACGAUAUGUUUGCCCGUAGUCUGGCCCAUUAUAUGCGGCAGCUACCUCCAGAACGAUUAUUACGGACAAGAACUUCCGUAGAAAUCGUUCUGGAGCUAGCGAAUUCCCUUCCUGAUCCCUCGGUCAUGCAUGACGCCCUUGAAAAUUUACGCCGCUAUGGGCAACUAAUUGAUUUCAGCUUUAGUCAGUGCUCCUCCAGCCAGGUUAACACCAAGUUCAAUUUCUCCAAGCAGUCAGUGAAGAUGGCAGAGAAGAUACACAGGUCUCUGGAAAGUUGCUACGACAUUGGAGAGACCAAGAGGCACAUGUAG